AUGGCGGAGGAGAAGCACCACCACCAUCACCUGUUCCACCACAAGAAGGACGAGGAGGAGCAGCUGGAGCAGCCCGCCGGCGGCGGGUACGGCGAGGCCGCCGAGUACACGGAGACCACGGAGACCACGGUGACGGAGGUGGUGUCCACCGGCGAGGACGAGUACGACAAGUACAAGAAGGAGGAGAAGGAGCACAAGCACAAGCAGCGCCUCGGCGAGGCCGGCGCCAUCGCCGCCGGCGCCUUCGCACUCUACGAGAAGCACGAGGCGAAGAAGGACCCGGAGCACGCGCACCGCCACAAGAUCGAGGAGGAGGUCGCAGCGGCGGCGGCCGUGGGAUCCGGCGGCUUCGCCUUCCACGAGCACCACGAGAAGAAGAAGGACCACAAGGAGGCCGAAGAGGCCGGCGGCGAGAAGAAGCACCACUUCUUCGGCUGA